AUGUCCGCCCCAGUUUCUGUAUUAGCAAGACAAAAGACUGAAAGGAGAGGUCCUAAUUUAAAUAUUGUUUUAACAUGUCCUGAAUGUAAAGUUUAUCCACCAAAAGUGGUUGAACGGUUUAGUGAAGGUGAUGUGGUAUGUGCACUUUGUGGGUUAGUUCUCUCAGAUAAGUUGGUUGACACCCGUUCUGAAUGGCGUACUUUCUCAAACGAUGACCAGAAUGGUGAUGAUCCUUCUCGUGUUGGUGAAGCCUCUAAUCCAUUACUAGACGGUAAUAAUCUAUCUACUAGAAUCGGGCAAGGUGAAAGCACAGAUGUCCGUUUCACAAAGGAGUUGAACAGAGCUCAAGGUAAAAAUGUAGUGGAUAAAAAGGAUAACGAAGUCCAAGCAGCAUUUGCUAAAAUUACAAUGCUAUGUGAUGCUGCAGAAUUGCCUAAAAUCGUCAAGGAUUGUGCUAAGGAAGCAUAUAAACUGUGCCACGAUGAGAAAUCAUUGAGAGGUAAGUCUUCAGAAAGUAUAAUGGCGGCUUCCAUUUUGAUUGGUUGUCGUCGUGCUUCUGUGGCAAGAACUUUUAAGGAAAUCCAAUCUAUUAUUCAUGUAAAGACAAAAGAAUUUGGUAAAACCUUAGCCAUAAUGAAAGGUAUAUUGAGAGAAAAGAGUGCCGAUGGUUUCAUCAAGAUUGAUACUGAUAACAUGAGUGGUGCCCAAAAUUUAACUUAUAUCCCAAGAUUUUGUUCACAUUUGGGUUUACCUAUGCAAGUUACUACUUCAGCAGAAUAUACUGCUGCUAAAUGUAAAGAAAUUGAAGAAAUUGCGGGUAAAUCUCCUAUCACCAUUGCUGUGGUAUCAAUCUACAUGAACAUUUUACUUUUCAAAAUUCCAAUAUCUGCGGCAAGAGUGGGCCAAAUUUUGCAAGUUACCGAAGGUACCAUCAAAUCUGGUUACAAAAUACUAUAUGAACACAGAGCCAAAUUAAUUGAUCCUCAAUUAAUUGCAAAUGGUAUUGUUACCUUAGAAGACUUACCAAAGGCGGAAAAGGAUAGAAACGUCAAGAAAGAAAAAUCUAAGGAUUAA